ACACCUACUUAGUCUCGCUGUGCUGUGAGUGCACAUAAUCUGCUCGGGGGGAGGGGGACGGGGUGGGCGUUGAUUGACAGGCGGGAGGGAGCGCAGUUGCGCAGCGGAGGAGCGCGCGCGGCGCGGCGCGGCUCCACUCCACUCGGCUCCCUCCCUCCCUUUUGCUCGGAACCAGACCCUGCGUGGAUGUUGCACAGAGGAAGGAGCUUCGCCACUGGAACAUAACAUUGCUUACCCCCCCACCCCCGCUUUUGUUUUUUUCCCCCCCCAACACGGAGUAAAAGACUUUUUCUGUGUGUGGAUCGCAUGCGAUUUUUUUUUCUUCCCCCUCUUUCGUUUUAACAGACCCCCCCCCCCCCCCCCCGGAAUAAUCCGAAGCGGCGACGUCGCGUUUUGGGCAGGAGCCGAGCAGCAAGUUCCACGCGAAUGGAGUAAAAGGCUGCGGGACUUGCGCGGCUCGCGUGCGUUCGCGUCGGUUGGAUGUAAUGCGCAGAUUCUCCGCGGGACGCUGAGCGGCCGGGGUGGGGGGGCGCAAGAAACAUGGACACCUCUUCAGAACUCGAAGACGGGACUCGCCACAAGAACCAGCGGCUGAGCUGCAGCUACCUGCUGUGCACCGUCCUGCUCUUCGCGGCCGUCCUGCUGGCCGUCACGGUGACGGGCGCCAUCCUCUUCAUGAACCACAGGCAGGCGCCGGCGGCGACGGACGGCGCGCCGCACGUCUCCACCAACCAGGACGAGGCCAACGCCCUGGUGACGGUGGAGCGCGGCGACGGCUCCCGCGUCAACAUCUUCAUCGACCCCAACUGCCCCGACUACGCCGGCGACUUUUUGCGGCUGGAGGGCGCGCAGAGCUCGCUGCUGCGCUCGCUCGCCGGCCACGACUCGGACCUCAAGUCGCUGAAGGGCCAGGACCGGGCGCUGCUGGCGGGCCUGGCCGAGGAGGUGGCCAAGCUCUCCGCCCACGCCGGACAGCUCAAGAUGGACUACGAGUCCCUGCGCCGGGGACAGGGAAGCCUGGGCCAGGACCUCAACGCGCUGCAGUCGGAGCAAGCGCGCCUCAUCCAGCUGCUGUCGGACAGCCAGGUGAACAUGGUGAAGGUGGUCAACUCGGUGAGCGACGCGCUCAGCGCCAUGCAGAAGGAGAACGCCGGCCUCAAGGCGCGCGCCAAGGCCGACCUGCAGAGGGCGCCGGCGAGGGCCGCCCGCUUCAAAGGCUGCGCCAACGGCUCGCGUCCGCGCGAUUGCGCCGACCUCUACGCCGGCGGCCAGCGGGAGGACGGCAUCUACUCCGUGUUCCCCAUCCACCAUCCCGGCGGCUUCCAGGUCUACUGCGACAUGACCACCGACGGGGGCGGCUGGACGGUGAUCCAGCGCCGGGAGGACGGCUCAGUCAACUUCUUCCGGGCCUGGGAGAGCUACCGCGAGGGCUUCGGCAAAAUCACCGCUGAACACUGGCUUGGGCUGAAGCGGAUCCACGCUCUGUCCGUCCAGGGCAACUACGAGCUGCGCAUCGACCUGGAGGACUUUGAGAACGGCACGGCCUACGCCCGCUACGGCACCUUCGGCGUGGGCCUCUUCUCGGUGGACCCGGACGACGACGGCUACCCGCUGACGGUGGGAGACUACUCGGGCAACGCAGGCGACUCGCUCCUGAAGCACAACGGCAUGAAGUUCACCACCAAGGACCGGGACAACGACCACUCGGAGAACAACUGCGCCUCCUUCUACCACGGCGCCUGGUGGUACCGCAACUGCCACACGUCCAACCUGAACGGGCAGUACCUGCGCGGCCAGCACACCUCCUACGCCGACGGCAUCGAGUGGUCGGCCUGGACCGGCUGGCAGUACUCGCUCAAGUUCUCCGAGAUGAAGAUACGGCCCAGCCGCGACCCGGACGGCAAAUGAGGCCGCUCCCUGGCCUCGUGCCGAGCCCCCUUUGCUUUUUGGACGCCCUCUCCCCUUUCCACUUGCUGGAGGGAAUGGGGGGGGUGCCAAUCUAAAUAUUUUUUCCCUUCUUGUGCAACCGGCGAGGAUGUACUACAUAGAAAGUGGAGGAGGACGUCAUUCCAGACCGCACUUGGUGAGCCGCUACUUUGCAUUUGCGCGCGCGUGAGCGUGCACGGCGGAGCGCCCUCCCCACCCAAAAGACAAAGUUUGUCAAGUCGGUCGUCCGGUGUCUGGACUCUCCUUCAGUUCUUGCCCGAGUGUCUGACCCAUCACCUCUGUUUCUUUUUUCUUUUAUAUCUAUUUUGUUCCUCCCUUUCAUGCAAAUGAGACAAAAAGCGCCAUUUAAAUAGAUAAAUUAACAAUCUGUAUUACAUAUGACCAAACAAAGGGUGCAAUUGGCAUUGAUGUUUUUUUCCUUGAUGAAUUUGUACAAAAGAGGAUGUUAGGGACCACCUGUGAGGGCAACCGCCACGGGAACUAAUUUGUCAGCUUAAGUGAGGAAAAUUCCAUUUUACUAUUUAACAAAAAAAAAAUUGGAGAAAAACAAAUCAACUUGAUUUUCAGAAUUGGACUCUUUACCCUCAUUUAAAAAAUCUGCCAUGAAUUCACAUUUUUAAAGCAAAAAAAAAAAAAAAAAGACUUCGAUUGUAGCUUUAUUUUCGUCAUUUAGUGCUCCAUUUUGUGUCCGGUGUGGCCCUUUCCCAACUUUGUCCCUUUCUUUGGAUUCACCGAAAGCUUUACAGGAAAAAAAAAAUGUAAAUUUGACUGUACAGCGUGUAUGACUUUUAGAGCAUGUCCGGGUUUUGUUACCACGCUUUAAGAAAAAGAAGAAACUCAACUGAAGCACAUGCAAACAAAAAAAAAAAAGAAGAAGAAAAUGCACAUGCGUCCGGGACGUUCCAAACAUCAGCCCGUUGGAGGGACUCCUCCUAGCGGCCGGUUGGAGUAUUGCAAAGAAGGUGACGCCCGGCCGAAGCGCACGUUCCGAAUGCGCGCGUCCCCUUUUCCGCUGAUGUCUUUGAACGUCGGCGCGCGUGCGAUGGCGACAGAAAAAGCCGCUCGAGAGGCAGCGGCCGGACCGAGUGCGGCCACGUGCGCAAAUGCGCUUUGGCGCCCGUGCGCACGUGCGCAAGGGGACAAAACCAAAUGAUGACGCAAAGAGAGAGAAAGAGGCGAGUGGCACACAAACGAGAGGGUAUUUUUACAUUUUCCCAAAGGCAACAGCCGAAAAUUUCACAGUCGUCAAGUUGUCGUUUCAAGCCAGCAGAAGCAAAAAAGUCGCUUCCGGGGAGGGCGGAUAAAUAUUUCAAAGAUGAACAGACUAUUGAUUUACUUUGUUAUUUUUAAAACAUAAUUUCAAUGGGAGUUUUUUUAAAAAUCCAAAAUACAACAAAAUUUUCAGUUCCCCCCAGAAUGAAUGAAAAAUGGACUGAAUUUGGAUGGAAAUGUUUUCACUAGUGGGCAACACUCUUCUUAUUAUUAUCAUGAUUAUUUUGUAGUUGUUCCAAAUAUUUUCCUCCCGGCGUAAGCUCUUCCGUAGUUUUGGCUGAGCAAAACUCCUCGCACGUUUCAAAAGAAAUUGGAAAAGAAGGAAUGAAAAAUACCCGCACGUGCGUGUGGUCCUCAACUCUCGGCCUGUCCAAGUAAUGUGACGCUUGUGUACACCCCCCCCCCCCCCCCCCCGCUGCUCUUUGUGUCGAGCGACGGAAGGCUUUGCGCAUUGUUUUCGACGGAGCUUUUACUUAUGGUGAUCAUGUAGCCCCCCCGGAGCGGACGCCGGUGUUGCAGUGCGCCGGCACCCAAAAGCCGGAAAGACCCCCCCACCCCCGGCCCAAACCCCCUCGUCGCCCUCCUCACCGCCACCUUGUGCUCAUUGUAUACGUUGCUGCUUUGUUCAAUAAAUGUUGGAGCCGAGCGUCACCCGAAA